UGUGCUCGAAAAUAACCCGACCCUUUGAACAAAAAGAGGAAAAAAAAAAAAAACCCAUCAUCCUCUGCUUCUCACAUGUCACCGCCAAAAUCACAGAUCCAAUCUCAAAAAACCCAGCAAAACCAAACUCCCAAGCUCAUCUCCUCGCUUUUUCUUCCCCAUCAUCUCCCAAUCCCAUUAAUUUAUCACCAUUAUAUGACACAGAAGCUAAGAAAAUGCCAACAUUUUUGCACCAAAGACCUCUCCACAGCCCACUCUCAGAUCCCGACCCACUAUCACCACGCCAAUCUUUCUCCUCCCAAAGACAAAUACCCCUCUUCAGCCGCACAGGUCUAAUAGCCUUACUGUCCCUCCUCCUGAUUCUUGGCGUAAUUUUACCCUGGACAGGCACGCCCUCAAUUUUCUCAGCAACAAAACCUGCCUCACUAACAAAAUGGCAACAGUACACACUAUCCCAAGCGGUGUCGUUUGUUGCAAAAAACAAGACAGUGAUUGUUUGUGCGGUCAGCCAGCCUUACUUGCCAUUUUUAAGUAACUGGUUGAUUAGUAUUUCGAGACAAAAGCAUCAAGAUAAGGUUCUUGUUAUUGCUGAGGAUUAUGCUACUCUUUAUAAGGUUAAUGAGAAAUGGCCUGGUCAUGCUGUUCUCGUACCUCCUGCUCCUGAUUCACAGACUGCACAUAAGUUUGGUUCUCAGGGGUUUUUCAAUUUCACAUCCCGGAGGCCUAGGCACUUGCUGCACAUUUUGGAGCUUGGUAUUAAUGUGAUGUACAAUGAUGUGGAUAUGGUCUGGUUGCAAGAUCCUUUCCCGUAUUUGAAGGGAAACCACGAUGUCUACUUCACCGAUGACAUGGCUGCGGUGAAGCCGCUGGGCCAUUCCCACGAUUUACCACCCCCGGGAAAGAAGGGGCGCACUUAUAUAUGUAGCUGCAUGAUUUUCAUGCACCCCACUGAUGGAGCAAAACUAGUUUUGAAGAAAUGGAUUGAGGAACUUCAAGCUCAGCCUUGGUCCAAAACAAAGAAAUCCAAUGAUCAGCCUGCUUUUAAUUGGGCAUUGAACAAAACAGCUGGACAGGUGGAUCUGUAUCUUCUGCCCCAGGCAGCAUUCCCAACAGGAGGAUUAUACUUCAAGAAUCAGACAUGGGUGCAAGAAACUAAGGGGAAGCAUGUUAUCAUUCACAACAAUUACAUCACAGGUUUUGAGAAGAAGAUAAAGCGUUUCCAUGAUUAUGGUCUCUGGUUGGUGGAUGGUCAUGCUAGUGAAUCCCCACUUGGUAAAUUAUAAUGAAUCAAAAGACCAUGUUAGUUUUGUCUGCGUGGCUAAUCACAUUCUUUCAGAACCCUGGAUGAAAUGUCAGCUAUUGUUCAUGGAAUCACAUAUAGAAUAUGGAUGAUUAGAAACUCUAGUUUUUUUCCUUUUCUUUUCCUCGUGCUUUAUUUCCUUAUAAUAGCAAUGCAUUAACUCAAGGGUGGAUUGCUUUGGAAAUGGCUUGGUUGAUAUCCUUUCUAACAGAUUGAAUUCAAUUCACAUAGACAGUGCAAAAAGCAAAGGAAAUGGCUUUGUUCA